UAGCCAGUCGGACAACGGAUCAACACGUACGGCAGAUAAAUUGCGGCCUUAACAAUAACAGUUAAAAGCGUUCGUUUGGCCAAAAAGAGAUUACUCGAUAGUGUUGGGAUGGACCAGAAACGGAGCCAAUCUGGGUGAAAUAGUCGUGCGGCUGCGAUUAGUCUGUCAAGUUAUACAGCUAAAAGGGCUUGUGUUUUUAGUGCUUUGGUUUGCGAUCGCGUAUACACUUUUGCUCUUCUUUUGACAAUGGAAGAUCUACCGAAGGAACAAAUUAAUAUUCUCAAGAAAGCCUUCGAGGCUUUUGAUCAUGAGAAGAAAGGAUGCAUUGGCACCGUGAUGGUGGGGACUAUUCUUACGAUGUUAGGACAUCAGAUCACGGACGAUUAUCUCCAAGAAAUUAUAAAAGAAGUAGAUGUUGACGGAUCUGGAGAACUUGAAUUUGAAGAGUUCGUAACAUUGGCUUCAAGGUUUAUGGUUGAAGAAGAUGCUGAGGCAAUGCAACAAGAACUCAAAGAAGCAUUCCGUUUAUAUGAUAAAGAAGGUAACGGUUACAUUACGACACAAGUAUUGAGAGAGAUUCUGAGGGAACUGGACGACAAAAUCAGUGCUGAGGAAUUGGAUAUGAUGAUCGAGGAAAUUGACUCCGACGGUUCUGGUACCGUGGACUUUGAUGAAUUCAUGGAAGUGAUGACUGGCGGCGACGACUAGUUCACUGACCGUUCUCAUGAUAAAAUACUUUUAUAUCGACAGUUUUAUAACAUCACCAUACAAAAAAAUUAAUGAUAAUCUUUUACACUUUAGUGCAAAUAACUACUUGUCUUGUAGGACAAGCAGUAUACAUUUUGUUAUCCUGUGAUAUAUAGCAUGUAACCACAUAAUAAUUUGUCUUCGAAUAAAAAAAAUCAAUGACAUAAUAACACACGUGUCAACAUACAACGGAUAAUGUAACUAUUGUGAUGAUUUUUAAAGAUUUUUUUUUAAGUUAUUACAAUAAAUUAUGAUCAAAAAUUAAAAA